AUGAAAGAAUGGAGUUCUAUGAGAAAUAGUUAUGAUGUGGUGAAAUGCUUGUGCGCUUCUAAGUUUCCAUUACAGUUGCCGUUGGAAGAGGACGACCGACGCAACACAGUGCUGGAUUAUUUGAUUUAUUUCAUUGAAUUUUAUGGUACUCCAUUUUCGACCAUUCAAUGGAUUGAAUUGUUAAUAGAGUUAUACUCCACUAAUAUUGUUCAUCACUACAAGAUUAGAGAUGGUGUGUCCUUUCUGGAUAAAGUUACGAGCAAAGCUAUAGUUGAGAGUAAAGCUAUAGUUGCGAGUAUGAGCGAAGAUAUGAUCUAUAAAAACAGAUCGUUUGUCGCAUUUACAAAGCUCUUGUCAGUAUCUUCAAAUUCGGUAGAAAAUCAGGUUUCCAAGAUGAAGCAUUGCUUUGGAGACGUUUUGAUUGAGGCAGUUGAAAGAGGUUACGCUCAACUUGUAGAUGCUUUGUUAGAAUUCAAAGACUCCAUUGACCAACUCCCCACAGAUGUUUUUUUGAAGAUUGCACAAGAGGCCAUCGGCAAAGGCUACUCAAAGUGCCUGGAGAAUAUGUUAAAUUUAUUGAAGCUAAAAGUUGGAAACGAGCUCCAACAAGACAAAUAUGGUAAAACGCUCUUUCAUUAUGCAGCCAAAUCAGAAAACGAAGAAGUUUCUGGAUUGCUUAGUCGAGCAUAUCUGGAAGAGUACAGAGUGAAAAAAAGGGAUAAAUGGGGAAGAACCUUUCUUCACUGGGCAGCACUCACUGGACAAGCUUACUUGUGCAGUACAGUUUGUAUCGGUGAAUUGAAGUUAAAAGUAGAUGCCAAGGAUAAUUUGGGCCAGAAUGCUUUACAUUUAGCAGCAAAAGGAAUUAGGGGGCACUUAGUUGUGGAUAUUUUAUUGAAAUCAUCCUCGGCCAACUUGGUAUAUGCAACGGAUGGUGAGGGAAGAACACCAUUGCACUUUGCAUCUGCAAAAGGAAACAUUAAAAUGGUUGAGAAACUACUGGAGAACACUCGAGAAGAAAAAAUGUUUCAGCAACCUGACGGCUUCGGGAAGACUGCACUACAAAUGGCAGCACAAGGAGGGCAUACACGAAUUGUGCAGCGGCUUUUGGAACAAGUCAGUGAUCCCUUCUUACACCGCGAUGCCCAUGGGAGCACAGCAUUGCACUAUGCUACUGGAGUACAGGAUGCAGAGGUUGCACUAGCCAUAUCGCAGAGCCUCCUAAAUAAAUAUAAGGGAGGAGAUGAUAAUAGAUCUCUUAUGUUGUGGGCCUCAGCAGCAGGGAUUGGCACGGCAGAGGAGAGAGAAGGGGUAAAUCCUUUAGUUAAGGAUUUCCUUUUACAGGAAAAGGCAGGAGAUGAGAAUCACUUGUUAAAGGCGGCUGCAUUGACUGAGAAUGUGGAUAUGGCAUGGGAGCUUCUACAUAGAGGUGCCGACAUUGCAGACAUUAAACCUUCCAAUAAACCCUGGGAUAGAGAACGAGAUGAGAAACGUAUUAGAGUAAUAAAAGAAAUUGAAAUAGCAAACGAGCAAGGACAAGAUAAACCAAGCUCGGUGGAUAAUCUCGGAAGAAAUGUUUUCGCCGAAGGUCUAGCUGCUCUGUUUUUGAAUAAAUAUGUAGAAUCUCCAAUCACGGUGGGCAUUUGCGGUGAAUGGGGCAUGGGAAAAUCCAGUGUCAUGGUUCAGACGGAAAAUAUUCUGCUGAUGGCAGCUUCUCAGUUGUCAUUUCCAAACCUCCUCCCUUUUGAAAAUUUCGGUGGAGCAAAGAAGACGCUAUUAAGUACAAAAGGUCGAAAGAUAUAUAUAAAGAUGAAAAAUGCCGCGUACAAGUUAUUUCCAGACAACUCUAUUUGCAAAUUUCUACCAUUCACCAGGACGAGGAAUCAACUGGUGAAACUGUUAGAAGAGUAUAAUCCUGAAUACCAUGACAUCUAUAAGUCCCUUGCAUGCACGGAUGUUCAAAAUUUAAGCUCGGUCGGCGAGAGGAGUAAUCAAUUACAAGCAAUGAAAGAAGCACCUCGAAUUCUAACAAUUCGAUACAAUGCAUGGCACUAUCGAGAUGAGCAUCAAGCUUGGGCUGGUCUAGCAGUCACAAUAACAAAAGAAAUUGAAUGGGUCAUGACCAGAGCACAGAGAUUCAGUACUUGCUGGAGAUAUAGUUGUUGCUCUUUGGUUAAAAGGUUUUCGAGAGAUGUUUUGAGUUUCAUUUUACUUUUGAACUUGUUUGGCGUCCGUCACAAACCCUAA